UCAUUCUGUCAAAACAUCUUGCUUCUGUUGUGGUGCUGCCGCGUGUCUCGCCACCACUCGCAGACGACGCACACCUUCCGAUACAAGCGCGAUGUUUGCCGCCAACCGCAUCCGGAUUGCCGCGUCCUCAGUUUCCGUUUAGCCCGGAAGUGAUACUAUACCCAUACUCCAGUCACGUGCUUCUAUCUCUCACUCACUUACUCAUUCUAUAUAUAUUUCUCUUUCACACAUACUGUGAUCUCUUCACAUCUCAAAAGCUCUCACCCAUCCCGCUACCAGCAAUCAAUCUCUGUCACCACUCUGUGCAGUGACCAAAGGCGCGCUCUUGUGAUAUACUUGUGAUUGACUGUGAUGGUGAGCACCAGGUGAUGGAAGACAAUUGCACCAUGAGGCCGUGCGCCACUGACUUUAGCAUUGCUGCAAUCAUGUCUAGGCAUGGACGAGCCAGAAACAAAUGCCGCGACCCGCCGGAUACCAUUUCUCCUCUUGAAAAAUUUGUGGAGACGUCUGCAUCUUCGGUGACUUCAACGCCGGAGCCGGUGGACUGCAAUUUGGUGAGUCCCGGUGCGGAGAGCGGUGGACGCGAAUCCCCGGUGGACGUGUCAUCGACGUCAGAGUCGUCGGCACCGGGUCAGAGUGGACGCAGGUCUCCCUCGACCCAGCGAAACCCGCUACUGCAGGAGAGGUGGACAAGCGAGGAGCUCAGGCACGUCGCCUGCCAUUUGGAAACGAAGGACCUGUGGGACAAGUUCAACGAGCUCGGCACCGAAAUGAUCAUCACGAAAACUGGAAGACGAAUGUUUCCAACAGUGCGAGUGUCUUUCACCGGAAUAAGACCGGAUCAGAGAUAUGCCGUGCUGCUGGACAUUGUGCCCGUGGACAAUAAGAGGUACAGGUACGCCUACCAUAGAUCUUCAUGGUUGGUCGCAGGUAAAGCGGAUCCGCCAGCGCCCUGCAGGAUGUACGCUCACCCAGACUCGCCUUACUCUGGCGAGCAGCUCCGGAAGCAAGUGGUUUCCUUCGAGAAAGUUAAGCUUACAAAUAACGAGAUGGACAAACAUGGACACCUGGUUCUAAACUCCAUGCACAAGUACCAACCUCGCAUACACUUGAUUAAGAGACCCGACGGCGCCCCAGGUCAUAUCUUGGAUUUGGAGAACGAAGAGUACAAGACCUUCAUCUUCCCGGAAACUGUGUUCACGGCGGUGACCGCCUAUCAGAAUCAAUUGAUUACCAAACUGAAGAUCGACAGCAAUCCUUUCGCGAAAGGCUUCAGGGAUUCAUCGCGGCUCACAGAAUUCGAAAGUUUGGUUUGCAGGGAGACGAUGGAAUCGAUGCUGGCGGAGCAGCAUUACCUGAGAUCACCGCUGAGACCUUUCGCUGAUAUGGACACCCACAACAAUAAUCUAUCGUUGGAGGAGAAGGCCAUCCUUGCAGCUCGUUCUCAACUGUUCCUGAGGGCCGCCGCCGCCGCUGCUGGACCCUACGGUCCUCUCAUGGGAAGCCUCUACGGAGCUGGGGGAUCGCAGGCUUCAGCCGUUCCUCCAGGUGUCCUCUGGAAUCAAUGGGCAUGUCUCGGUCCGUCUCUUCUGGCUGCCCAGCAUCAGCAUCAGCUCGCCGUAGCCGCCGCCGGCAGCAGCCAAUUGCAAUCCCCAAUCUCGCCCCUCGCAAGACCUCUAGCCCAGCACAGAUACUCCCCGUACGCGCCACCCCCUCGGUCAUCACCCGACACCAGUCUACGCGAAGGACACGAAUCCCCCAACAGUCCUUCUUCCUAGGACAUCCACAUGUGAUAUUAUUGCAUUUCGUUGAAUGCGCCUCUCGGAUUUAACGGAGAUCAAACAAAUAACCGCAGCAGCAACAUUCACACGAAAAUCAAGUAUUCGUUAUAGUCAUAAUUAAGUGAAGUACAAUUUGCGAAUCCCCUAAAACAGUGGUCCCCAACCCCCGGUCCGUGGAUCAAUGGUACCGGGCCGUCAAAGGAACAUUAAAUUAUUUCCAUUUUAUUUCAACUCACUAUAAUUUAGUGACUUAAAUGUUAAAUCACUUUAUAUUCAUUUUUUGGUGUAACUGUAUCAACGUAAAACCCCCAUCUACCCCUCAGCAGGCCACGGCAAAUUUAUCAAACGUUGACCGGUCCGCGGCGAAAAAAAAAUGUUGGGGAGCACUGCCCUAAAACAUCAUAAAACCUACAUAUUUAACGAUAACAUAAAAAACAAAUCCACUACUAAUAAUAAUAAUGAAUCGAAGGGAUUGAGAUGUGCUUUAUUUUUCGUACUCUAUUUGUGUAAUCUAUAUACAAAAAAAAAUGUAACUAAAGACAAAAAAAAAACAUUGUAAAAAUAUAACUGUAAAUAUAUUUAUUUCGUGACCCUCAACCGUAAUCUAUCAAGAAUUUGUACUUAGAGUGGAAAGAAAAAAAUAUUAUGUAACGUUUUCUUUAUUAUUAUUAUUAAUUAUUUAUUAUUGUUGUAAGCAAGUGAGAAAGGUUAAAAAAUGUACCGUUGAGUGGCACCGUUAAAUAUAAUAUAAUGUUUAAUUUAACUGCAGGACGAAUGAAUGAAAAAAAAAACAGUU